AGGUCAUCAUUUUCCCUAUUUUCAUUCAAUGGAGCAAAAGUUAUUAGGUGGAAAUAAAAAAAGAGCGGUGUGCUGAGUAACCCUUGUUAACAUCCCCCAGACUUGAAAGAACAGAAGGAAGGAGAAGAGCGUAUAUUCUUCUUUUUAAGCAGAGGAUCGGUCAAAGGAAGGAUGCUGCGAGGGGCGGGACGCAGGUUAAUCUCGUAUGGCCGCUUUACAUCGACAUCGCCAUGCUCGCCAGCGGGUCUGUUGGGAAACCGUGAUAUCGGCUUGAAGGAGGAAGUAAACCCUCAGGGAGUUAACCCCUCAUGGAAAUCUCGCUUUCUCCUCCGAGGUUUUGCAGCAGAGACCCUUUUUCCAAGGCAUGAGCUAGGAAUUUCUGAUGUGCCCCCCACUGUUGCAGCAGUGAAAAACCCUACUUCAAAGAUAGUAUAUGAUGAACAUAACCAUGAGCGUUUUGCCCCAGGGGAUCCUAGCAAAAGAGCAUUUACCUACUUUGUCUUGACAGGUGGAAGAUUUAUAUAUGCUUCCUUAAUCCGUUUGUUAGUUCUCAAGUUUAUUUUGAGCAUGUCUGCAAGUAAGGAUGUUCUUGCUAUGGCUUCCAUUGAGGUGGAUUUGUCAAGCAUUGAUCCGGGAAACACGGUUACAGUUAAGUGGCGUGGAAAGCCUGUUUUUAUCAGGCGGCGAACUGAUGAUGAUAUCCAAUUGGCUAACAGUGUAAAUGUGAGUUCUCUCCGUGAUCCUCAGCAGGACUCAGAAAGGGUGAUUGAUCCAGAGUGGUUGGUUGUGAUUGGUGUUUGUACCCAUCUUGGUUGUGUUCCUCUGCCAAAUGCUGGUGAUUUUGGAGGAUGGUUCUGCCCAUGUCAUGGAUCGCAUUAUGAUAUAUCUGGUCGAAUCAGGAAGGGUCCUGCUCCUUAUAACCUUGAGGUGCCAACCUACAAAUUUUUGGAGGAUAAUAAAAUGUUGAUUGGUUGAUCUCCAUGGUACAAAACAAGGCUUGAAAAGACCCUAUUUCUCAUGUAAUUGCAUGAGAAUUUAGCACAAAAUCAUUUUAAAUGUCUUCAUAAGAGUUGCCACUGAUUGAGUCAUGAUGUUCAAUAAAUUCAACAUUCUAUUAUUGGAAAUAUUACAAUUUUUUUUCUCGGUAGUUAAUCGAUCAAAAUUUUCACAGCUAA